AAUACAAUCAUUUGCAUUUAUUCUCUAUUGUAGGCCGUAUAUUUCCGUGCAAUAAUUCGCGAAUGAUUGAAUUUUUGACAUGUCGUCGUGGCUUAAAAAAUAAACAAAGAAAAAACCUCGAAACAAAGAAAUAAUCAUUAAGCUGAAUUAUACAUCAGUUUUAUACCCUUUCCAUUCACUAUUUCAACCAAUAUACCUCAUGAGCUCAAACAUCUCAGCCCUGACCCAAAUAGCCCUUAAGGACUGGAUACUCAUCAUAGAAAGUGGUAAUAUAGUUACAUUUGCUCAAUUUUUUUUCAUUGCAUUAGAAGGUUAUAUUCAUUUUUUCGAUAGGUCGAGACCUCCUUUUUAUUUACAACAGAAUAAAGUCCCUUUGAAAAGAUGGUCAUUAACAAUUAUAAUGUUUUUUUUAAUUAGUGUUUUGAAUAAUUCUGUCUUUAUUUUUAAAAUUUCAAUACCUAUUCAUAUCAUCUUUAGAAGUUCAGGAACUGCUGUGGUUAUGAUUAUUGGGUGGUUGAUUGCAAAGAAAACUUAUAAUAAAAUUCAAAUAUCAAGUGCUGUUUUAUUAACUAUUGGUGCUAUUAUAACAACUUUAUAUAAAGAUCAUAAUAUCUUUGCCAAAAGGGAUGAAGGAAAUGAAGGGUUCUUGUCUGUUUUAUCAAAUGAUGUUUUAUUCUUUAUCGGUAUUGGAGUUUUAUUAUUCGCAGCUAUAUUAAUGGCCUUAUUAGGGUUAUAUAAUGAAGAAACUUAUAAAAAAUAUGGUAAACAUUGGCAAGAAAAUGUUUUUUAUUCACAUUUAUUUGGAUUACCAAUUUUUUUAUUCAUGUUUCCAAGAAUUAUAACAGAAUUUAAAAAUUUAUUAAAAUACCCUGAAUCUUUCAAUAUCUUGGGAUUUGAAUUACCAAAACAAAUUGUUUAUUUAGGUUUAAAUGUCUUGACCCAAUUCUUUUGCGUUAGAGGUGCAAAUAUGCUUGCUGGUAAUACAACUGCAUUAACAGUUUCUGUUGUAUUGUUAUUGAGAAAAUUUACAAGUUUAUUAUUAAGUAUGUGGUUAUUUAAUAAUAGAUUAAGUGCAACUGGUUCAUUUGGUGCCUUUUUGGUGUUUUUUGGUGCAUUCUUGUAUAGUUAUGGUUCUACUCAAAAUAAACCAAAGACAGCUACUCCAUCAGUUAAGGAUGAGAUUGAAAUUAAAGAAUUGACACCAAAUGAAACUGAUGAUAUUGAAAAGGCUAAACUUGUUUCAAAAGAUUGAUUCUUUUGAUUCUUUAGAGAUGUUGUAUAUACAAAAUAAAUAAAUAAAUUAGAAGGUGC